AUGGAAGAGGAAAACGUCCAACGAUUGGAGACCGUGAAGCAAACCGUUGAGGGUGAAGAGUAUGAGGACCCUGCCGCUUCGGAAGAGGAUGUCCACGAAGAGCAAAUCAUCUCCGAAUCACAGCCACAGGCGAUUGAAAUUUCAGAGCUAAAUCUGGAAGAGCAACAGGUCGUUCACGAGCAAGUGGUCCAUCAAACAGAACCCGCUCAGAUCAUCCACACGAAUGAGUCGAUCUUCACCGGUCAGAAACCCUUCCGUGAACAAGACAUUUUCCUUCCGAUUGCGAACGUAGCCCGGAUCAUGAAAAACGCCAUUCCCGCCAAUGGCAAAAUCGCCAAAGAAGCGAAGGAGUGCGUACAAGAGUGCGUCUCUGAGUUCAUCUCUUUCAUUACUUCCGAAGCUGCCGAAAGAUGCCAGCAGGAGAAAAGAAAGACAAUAAACGGAGAAGACAUUCUCUUCGCUCUGACAACCCUCGGUUUCGAACCUUACGUAGAGCCGCUGAAGAUUUACCUGGGCAAGUACAGGGACUCGAUAAAGGGCGAUAAAAUGGAAGAUGCACAGGAAGAAAUCUCGAUAAACACUCCGCAAAUCGUCCAGAUUGCCGGAGAGUCGGGUGUAACUCAACACGUCAUAAUUCAAGAAAACGGGCAGAUGAUUCAAACAGCAGAUGGCCAUCAAUUAGUGUUCAAGACCGACUGA